GUAACUAUGGAACGACUACACGACACUCAUGGAGCUCCAAUAAGUGAAAAAGUAGACAAGUUAUUGGAAGAGAAUCAUCAGCUUAUUAUGGCGGCCUUAGACUGUCAGAAUAGGGGCAGAUUCCAAGACUGCCUUAAGUACCAAGAGAGGUUACAACGGAACCUUUUUUACUUGGCUUCUUUAGCAGAUGCCCAAUUCAGCACCAUAACUGCGUCCUAUUCUGUUUCAGGAAAUAGACAAGUUUUUGCGGCACAAAAGAAAGGCAUUCCUUCAGGAUCUCUUGAUAGACCACAGCAAGUAUAUAGCCACCCAGGGUAUCCCUACGCGCAGACAACUUGGCAACAAGGUUCGAUCGAUUCCGUAGAUUUUCCCAGAAAGCUAGUUACUAAUAGACAAAACUUUGGAGUACCAGAAGCAGCACUUGUUCCAAAGUAUAUGGAAGCUCCUAACGUUGUUUCUGCAGGUAGUCAGCAACCAGUAGGUGAACCGAGUUGCGGACAGAAUUCAUCAAGUGAGGAAAAACGAGAAGUGCGCUAUUGGACUCAUGAAGAACACCAACGGUUUGUGGAGGGACUGUCCAAGUACCAAAGGGAUGGUAAACCAGACCUAAAGGCAAUUGCUGAGUAUUUAGGAACUAGAACUCCAACUCAAGUUCGAAGCCAUUAUCAGAAGUACAUUUUGAAGUUGAGAAAGUCGCAACAAGAAAAUAUUUCGACCAACCAAUCCUCUAUACAACAUGACGCUUUGCAUACUUUUAACUAGUUGUUAAGAGGCCUACAGAAGUGGAAUCUUCUCUGU